AUGAAGCGUUCUGCGUCGCCUGUGGCAGAAACUGCCAAGAAGCUCAAAAUUAGUGAAAGCUUUGAAGAGUAUUACCGUCCAGAUCCAACAUACUACCCGCAUCCUAUAAGUUGGAAAAAGGCCAACGAGUUCAACAAUGGCAAGAGAAGGAAACCUUGCGAUUUACUGGAUGAUUACAUUAAAAGCCAAAAAGUGAGCAACUCUGCCGAGAUAUCGACCGUCUUGCAUUGGUUCAGAAUGGAUCAUAGGCUUCAGGACAAUACAGCGUUCUCGGCAGCAGUGGAAAAGUUCAGGCAGUUGAGGAAAAAACACAGCGACACUCGUUUUGUCGCCGUCUACACAGUGAACGAGCACGAUUGGAAAGCGCAUCUAGACAGUGCAUGGAAAUUAGUAUUUUUGCGCGAGGCAGUCAACUCGCUGCGCUCGUCUCUUCAAGAAAUAGAUGUUCCUUUGGUUAUUAAAAAUUUCCAUCCAAAGAAUCCGGUUUUAUCCAACAGUCAUGAAUUUGCUACGUGGUUCAAAGCAUUGUGUGGCGAAAUUUGUGGUGACAAUGGAGUUUUGGUAACAGCUAACGCUCAGUAUGAAACUGACGAACUGUAUCGCGAUCUCAAGAUUGCCGGAAUGACUGACGAAAAAUUCCAUUUCCAAGUUUUCCACGAUCAAUGCGUCGUCCAGCCCGGUGUACUUACAACGGGGAAAGGGUCCCAAUAUACAGUGUUUACUCCCUGGUAUAAGAGAUGGGUAAAAUAUCUGGAGGAGGAACAAAGGGGUUCCAAGGAUAUUGUUAAGGUUAAUAAAAUAGAUGUGAAGGAAAAGGUCAAUGACAGUGUGGAAGCAUUGAAAGCCUUGGAUUCUGACGAGUUUAAACUGGCCGAAGAGUUUACUUCUUACCUUCCAGUAAAGAACAUCCAAAUACCGACGGCCUCAGAAGAAGCCGCUCAUGAUUUGCUUGAAUCGUUCAUAGAAAAGGGCAAACUGAAAGAAUAUAAUGAAAAAAAAGACAUUUUGGGCCUUGACAGCACGUCCAAUUUGAGUUGUUAUAUUACCAAUGGUUUAAUGAGUACCCGGGCUAUUGUGAAUCGUUGUUUUCACGAGAAUGGGGCCUUGAUGCACGGAGAUAUCCGACAGAACAAUUCAAUUGAGAACUUCAUAAAAGAAGUGGCAUGGAGAGAUUUUUACAGACAUGUUAACUGCAAUUGGCCUUACUUGUCGAUGGAGGUGGCCUUCAAGUUCGAAACGAUGGAAAUUAAAUGGGAAAAUGACCAGGAGACUUUCAGAAAAUGGUGCUUGGGAAUGACGGGUUUCCCAAUUGUUGAUGCGAUCAUGCGGAGAUUAUUGCAUACUGGUUACAUCAAUAACAGAUCUAGGAUGAUUGUGGCGUCUUUUCUUGCAAAAAACCUGCUUAUCGACUGGCGUUGGGGUGAACGUUGGUUUAGAAAGCAUUUAAUUGACGGUGACCUGGCUUCCAAUUCUGGAGGUUGGGGGUUCUGCUCUAGCACUGGUGUCGACGCUCAACCCUUCUUCCGAAUUUUCAACAUGGCUCUACAGAGUCAAAAAUACGAUCCGGAGGGUGUAUUCAUCAAAAAAUGGCUCCCAGAGUUGAAGGAUGUCAAAGAGGUUAAGACGUUGCACGAAAGUUCUUUGAAUCGCUCAAAAUGUGGGUAUCCAGAACGUAUCGUUGACUUGAAAGAUAGUCGGGAAAGAGCGCUAGCCGCUUUCCGGGAGGUUGUUUGA